AUGCGAUUGAAAAAUUGGCCUACCAAGGACCUAAGACAAUUAAUGCAAAAAUGUAAAGACAGAGCAUCCGUUUCCAGGUUCCAUGGCUUGAUGGUCUCAUCUGGCUUAAUUGGCCACGGGAUUUCCAUUGCUCAACUCAUAUCAUCCUAUGGCCGAGUUGGCGACUUCGAACUUGCCCACAAACUGCUCGUGAAAUCGCCUAACGCAGGAAUAGAUGCUUGGAAUGCAAUGAUAAUUGCUUAUUCACGUAAAGAUUGCCCUUGUGAAGCUAUAAAACUAUACAGGAAAAUGAGUCAUGAAGGAGCUAAACCUGAUAGUUCAACUUUCACAAUGACAAUCAAAGCAUGUACAGAUUUGUUGGACUUGAAAAUGGGCGAGGAAAUUUGGAAAAGAGCGGUUCAAUGUGGGUAUGGGAAUGAUGUUUUUGUUGGAUCGUCUGUGUUGAAGCUGUAUUCCAAGUGUGGGAAGAUGGAUCAGGCAAUGGGCGUGUUUGGAAAGAUGCCCAGAAGGGAUGUUGUUUGUUGGACUGCAAUGAUAACUGGUUUUGUGCAGAGUGGGAAGGUGAGAGAAGCCUUGGAUAUGUAUCAGCUGAUGAAGAAAGAGGGCAUUGACGGAGAUGGAGUCGUGAUGCUGGGACUGAUUCAGGCUCUUGCAAAUACUGGGGAUGUGAAAAUGAGUUGUUCUAUUCAUGGUUACCUCAUUAGGAAUGAUCUUCUUAUGGACGUUGUUCUGCAGACUAGCCUUGUAGAUAUGUAUGCCAAGAUUGGAGAGUUGGAACUUGCUUCUCAUGUUUUUUGGAGAAUGCCUUAUAGGAAUAUAAUUUCAUGGAGUGCUUUGAUUUCUGGCUUUACUCAGAACGGUUUUGUUGCAAACGCACUUGAAUUAUUUACAGAGAUGCAGAGAUCGGGAUAUGAACCCAACCAGGUUUCGCUUGUCAGUGCCCUUGUUGCAUGUUCUCAGGUUGGAUUUUCAAAAUUGGGCAAGUCAAUACAUGGAUAUAUUGUGAGAAGGCUUGAAAUGGAUCAAGUUUUGGGUACUGCAGUGAUUGACAUGUACGCAAAAUGUGGAUCCAUUUCUUGUGCCCGUGCUCUAUAUGAUAGGAUGCGUCAUAGGGAUUUGGUAUGUUGGAAUGCAAUGAUUUCCAGCUAUGGGAUCCAUGGCCAUGGAAAGGAAGCUCUCUCACUCUUCAACCAGAUGAUUGCCUCAAAACUAAUUCCAGACCAUGCAACUUUUGCUUCUCUUCUUUCAGCAUUAAGUCAUUCAGGACUAGUAGGGGAAGGGCGAUAUUGGUUUGAUCUCAUGGUCAAAGAAUAUGGCAUCCAGCCCGGUGAAAAGCAUUACGCUUGUUUGGUUGAUCUUUUGGCUCGAGCUGGGCAAGUUGAUGAGGCUCAAAGCCUGAUAAAUUCCAUGACAUGUGAACCAGGGCUUGCUGUUUGGGUUGCCCUUCUGUCUGGCUGCCACAACCACAAGAAAUUUUUGGUUGGAGCAUUGGCUGCAAAGAAAAUUAUUGAGCUAAACCCAGAGAGCUCCGGAAUUUAUACUCUCGUAGCAAACUUCUUUGGUGCAGCAAAGAUGUGGAAUGAGGUUAUGGAAAUAAGAAAGCUCAUGAAGAAGAGAGGGAUGAAGAAAGUACCGGGUCACAGUGUUGUUGAAGUGAAGGGGAAAAUCCAUGCUUUUCUUAUGGAAGAUAAGAGUCACCCUCAAUACAAACAGAUUGCAGGGUUUUUGGAGAAAUUGGAGCAGCAGAUGAUAGCUCUUGGUUAUAGUCCUAAGACUGAUUUUGUGUUGCACAAUCUUGAAGAGAAUGUCAAAGUGAAAAUGUUGUGCAACCAUAGUGAGAGACUUGCAAUUGCUUUUGCACUCCUGAACACAGGGCCCGGAACCAGAUUGCUGAUCACGAAGAACCUCAGAGUCUGCGGUGACUGCCAUGAGGUGAUCAAGCUCAUCUCCACAAUAACAAAGAGAGAGAUUAUUGUGAGGGAUGUCAAGCGAUUCCACCACUUCAAGGAUGGAAUCUGCUCAUGCUGUGAUUACUGGUGA